AUGCCCUUCCGCUUCAAAUCACUGAGCCAUCCAGACGUGUCCAUCUAUAUUGGCUUUGAUAAGUAUGAGAACGAGGACCUUAUCAAAUACGCUUGGAAUGGCGACAUCUGGUUCCAUGUUGAUAAGCAUUCGUCAGCACAUGUAUACCUGAGGCCGCCAGUCGUUGAUCCUCUUGCCCUGCAUAACCACGACUGUGACGAGAAAUGGAAAUUCCCGGAUAUCCCGGCGGAUCUACUUGAGGAAGUCGCGCAACUUACAAAGGAGAAUAGCAUAGAAGGGUGUAAGUUGGACAAUCUCACUAUCAUCUAUACUCCUGCAGAAAACUUGAGAAAGGACGGAACCAUGGAGACAGGGACCGUUGGAUUCGUAAAAGAUAAGCUCGUAAAGCGAUAUCACGUCAAGGAAAAGAACAAGGACAUGUUGAAGGCGUUAGAGAAAACCAAAGUUGCAGACAAAGAGACCAACCUCAUGAAUGAGCGAGAUAUGCACGAGCGAUGGCUGCGAAAGCAAAUGAGGGCGGUCGAGAAGUUGAUUGAAAAGGAAAACAGGGAAAUUGAGGCGGAUAAGCGACGCGAAAAGCAGGCUCGUGAUUACACUGUAACAUGGGAUUGCACCAAUUACACGAACAAAGAUGUUUGUUUAACUGGGACUAAAAACAAUCCGCAGGCGCUCUUUGACGACUUUAUAUAG